CCUUUGCUGGCGGCCUCGGCGGGCAGCACCUGCGCGCGGCACCUCGCCCGGAGAGCGUUCCCUUUACAGAGCCCUGGUGUCAAGACUGUCUCCACACUGCCCUGGGACCAUGCGAACGAGCCGUUGUCACUGCUGAUCGCUUCAGAUGCAAAGAAGCACCAGGGGAGACAUUCUGUCCGUUUGGAAUAACGGGACUCACUGCUACGAGGCAGCUGCACAAAGGACAUUGUUUCCAAGUUAUCAAAAUAUGCUGUUGAACUAAAAUCAGCAGAUUUUUUUUUUUUAAUGUACCAUGGGAUGCAUCAAAUCCAAGAAUGCCUUUUCAAGUUCGCACACUAUCCAGGAUGAGAGGAUUGGGACAGCGAACAGUGGUGGCCCAGGAGAGAAAUCCUUCCUGAUGGCAGCCAAGCUGGACGGGAAAGGUCCGUCCAGCUCCACGGUGCUGGACUACGCGCACCGGCUCUCCCAGGACAUCCUGGAUCAGGCUCUGAAGCAGUGGGCAGUGACUGAAAGAAAAUACAGCGACAUUCCUUUUAUCGAAAGCGAUGUGCCCUGAGCCCUGCAGGCCAGGACUGCACUCGCAGCGAGUCCCAGGUUGUCACCUCUGUUCCGCACUGGUGCCAAGGAAGCAAAAGCUGCUGUGGUUCGAGCGUAAUGCCAGCGUGUCUGUGAGGGAGGCCAGAGGAAAACGCCUUUUAAUCAAUAUUAUCAAGAAAUUAAUUGGCUUGCAGUAGAGUCUAUAACUGUGUUGCUCGUUAUCAGCUGUAUGUUGAGUCUAUUCUUAGCGUGGUUAGAAUUUAGUGCUAAAAAAAGAGGAGGAUAAAGUGUAGCAGCGUUACCAGCACUAGUAACGGGUUGCAGAGGCUCUGUGGAUGCUGGGGGGUGAAGUACGGAUUGUUUUUUUAUGUACAUGAGGAAAAACAACAAACACAAUCACCACAAACCUACUUGGGGAUAAGUGAAAGGAGAACUUGAGUAAUGUGUGUUCCGCUAAGCGAAACAAGGAUCACCGUGUAGCAGAGAAAACUGCUGUCGCAAAUCUCACUUUGAUCUUACUGACUCGAUCUGUGAAGUGCAAAGGAAGGAAGGUAUUACCAAGUGUUUUAUAAAACCACGGCAUAUUCAGGGAACCAUAUGGGCUAUGUUAGGAUUCAACUUCCACCCCUAAGCAAAGCAAUGAGAAACACUGCAAUAUUGAUCAACAGUGCAUUGUAAUUAACAGAUGCUCUGGCUGCUGCAAAUGCAGCACGGCUUUUCCGUAAAAUCC